CGUCUUUCUACGCAUGCGCAGGAAUACCUGCGAAGAAAUAAUAAACCGACUAGGUAUCCGUAUUGUGAAGGGAAAUAUGUAUAACUAAUUGCAAAUAUUUUUUAUUUUGGUUCUUGAAAAACAAAGACAAUCAACAUGUCUAAGAAAGCAGAAAGCAUUAAAGUUGUGGUGAGGUGUCGUCCUCUAAAUAGCAAAGAAACAGCUGCCGGGCACAAGCGUAUUGUUGAGAUGGAUGUGAAGAAGGGUGUCAUUGUGCUUAAUAAUCCAAAUAACCAAGGCGAGGCCUCAAGGAAUUUUACCUUUGAUGCUGUCUAUGAUUGGAACUCAAUACAAAAGCAAUUGUACGAUGAAACCUUUCGGCCACUAGUGGAGUCAGUUCUAAAUGGUUUCAAUGGCACGAUAUUUGCUUAUGGUCAGACAGGUACUGGCAAAACAUACACAAUGGAAGGUGUACGCAAUGACCUUGAAAAAAGAGGUGUGAUACCAAACUCAUUUGAUCAUAUAUUUACCCACAUUGCUCGAAGUCAAGACCAGCAGUAUUUAGUAAGAGCGUCAUAUUUAGAAAUUUAUCAGGAGGAAAUCAGAGACUUGUUAGCUAAAGAUCAGAGUAAGAGACUGGACCUCAAAGAACGAACAGACACUGGUGUUUAUGUCAAGGACUUAUCCUCAUUUGUAACCAAAAGUGUGAAGGAAAUUGAACACGUCAUGAAUGUAGGAAAUAGUAACAGAUCUGUAGGGGCUACAAAUAUGAAUGAACACAGUUCAAGAUCCCAUGCUAUCUUCAUUAUUACAAUUGAGUGUAGUCAGGUUGGUGUAGAUGGCGAAAAUCAUAUAUGUGUAGGAAAAUUAAACUUAGUUGAUUUAGCUGGUAGUGAACGACAAGGGAAGACGGGAGCUGCUGGUGUACGUUUAAAAGAGGCGACCAAGAUUAACCUUUCCCUAUCCGCACUCAGCAAUGUCAUCUCCGCUCUGGUAGAUGGCAAGAGUUCGCACAUACCUUACCGUGAUUCCAAGCUCACGCGACUCCUGCAAGACUCUCUCGGAGGCAACGCUAAGACAGUGAUGGUGGCCAACAUUGGGCCUGCAAGUUACAACUAUAACGAAAGCAUCACCACCUUAAGGUAUGCUAAUCGUGCAAAGAACAUCAAAAACAAGCCAAAGAUAAAUGAAGAUCCAAAGGAUGCAUUGCUUCGUGAAUUUCAAGAUGAAAUUUCCAGACUGAAGGCAGAACUUAGUAAGAAAGGAGGAGGAGUAGUAGGGUCUGGAGGGAAGAGGAAGAGGAGAAAAAGAAGAGGAGGGCAAGGAGGUACAGGAUCAGAUGGAGAAAUUGAUGAAGAAAGUGAUGAGGAGGUUGAGGUGAUGGACGAGGCUGAAAUGUACAAAGAGGCACAACUGAAGCUGGAGAAUGAGAAACAGACGAUUCUUGCCAAUCAGAACAUGAUUGCUGAGGAGAAAGAAAAGAUUUUAAAAGAUCUUUUGACAAAACAAAAUGACUUGAAGAAACAGCAGCAAGCCCAGGAUGCACUCAAUUCAAAGAUUAAAGCUAUGGAAAGCAAAUUAUUAGUUGGUGGUAAAAGCAUCGUAGACCAUACAAAUCAACAGGAAAAAGAAUUGGAAAAGAAAAGAUUGCUAUUAGCAGAGCAACAGUUGUUCGGUAAGCUUCAACGGGUAAAGUGUGAAAUACAAGAUUUGCAAGAGGAGCACUUAAUGGAACGACAGAACCUAGAGCAGACCCAGAACGAGUUGACACGAGAACUAAAACUCAAAAUGUUGAUAAUUGAGAAUUUUAUCCCACCCGAGGAGAGAGCUAAAAUAUCCAGUCGAGCGGAAUUUGAUGAAGAAGGGGACCAGUGGAGCUUGAAGCCUCUAGCCAAAUCUGAAGGGCCCUUGCAAAUGGCUAAAAGGCCAGUAACAGCGUCUGGUAAUAGGAGACCAAUCACAGAUUAUGCUAAGGUGUCUGCUAACAAAGGGGGUAACCCACGCUACAAGGCGGAGAACAUCCUUAAGAUUGAUCUGGAUCUGCCGAACAGAACGACACGUGACUACGAGGGACCAACUGUUGCACCACGUGUACAGGCAGCUUUGGAUGCUGCCCUCAAGGACGAGGAAGACAUAGAUAUUGAGAUUGUACCAAAUUUCUUUGGGCAAAAUAAAGGAAAGUCUAAGAAAGAAAAAGGAAAGAAAAUUGUUCGUACGACAAAGAAAGGGGGAGCGGUGAACUCUGAACUAUAUCCGACAGCAAGAGGCCUAGUCAGCAAGUAGCGUCUAUUGUGCAAUUUUCAAAAAAA